AUGGCCGAAAACACAAUCGCAGGCCAGGAGGAACAGGCCCCAAGUUUUCCGUUCUGUGACACGCUUAUUUCCAAGCUCAAUUCCGGAUGCAACAUCGAGUAUUCAUUAUUGUAUCGAGAGGAACGUGAAAUGCCCCCAUACCUUGUGGACAAGUUCAAUCGAACUAGAGUGAUCCAGUGGGGCACCUCUGGCUAG